AUGUGGCAGCCAUCACUAUUGAACAUUCCGAAGUGCUGGGAUCAGGGUCUUUUGGGUUUAGACAACAUGCCAAGCAGAAAACUUAAUCUAAUGCAGAAAUUAUUAAUUUCUCAGGUCAUGAAGGUGAAGAUUAAAUCCUGGACGGGAGUGGCUACAUGGCGCUGGGUGGCUAAUGAUGACAGCUGUGGCAUUUGUAGGAUGCCCUUUGAUGGAUGCUGCUCGGAUUGUAGGUUGCCAGGUGACGACUGCCCUUUGGUGUGGGGCCAGUGCUCUCACUGUUUCCAUAUUCACUGCAUUAUGAAGUGGCUUCAGUCUCAACAGCUUCACCAGCAGUGUCCAAUGUGUCGGCAAGAAUGGAAGUUUAAAGAAUAA